CUAGUUCGUUGCUAGUAAUCGCACGGCGUAAACAAAAUAUAUAAGAUGUUUAUUAGUUUAUGUUCGGAAAAUCCAUCGUUCUUGUUUAAUAUCUGAAGAUAUAAGUAAGCCUUGAAUAAACAAAUUUAUUUCGUAUAUAAGGUUUUGCGGUAUAUGUUAGGUUACUGAAAUGAAAGUGCCGGCUAAACGAAGCAUGGGAAGCUGUGAUAGUGAUGAAAAAAAAUACGAACUGGUACCCCCAGAGGGUGGAUGGGGUUAUGCAGUAUGUGUCGGGCUAUCUGUAAUUUUCAUUGCUGGAACGGCUCACCAGCCUGUCUUUGGUUUCAUUUACAACGAUUUUCUUGAAGAACUUGGAGUUGGGACCGGGGCUGUAACCGUGGUCUACGGAGUUUUUCAAGUGACUGUUGCGAUAGCUGGUUUCACAGCGAAUAUAGUUUUGAAGAGGCUAUCAUUACGCCAAGUCGGUCUAAUAGGAGCGUCAGUAUACACUCUUGCAUCAUUUCUAGCGAUAUUCGUUCAAUCUACAACACAAUUAAUUAUUACAAACGGGUUCCUCCAAGGUUUAGGAAUGGGUCUCCUCAUUCCUGUGUCGUAUACUAGUUUCAACAGUUACUUUACAAAGAAAAAAGUCCUUUAUUUAAGUCUCUGUAAGGCUUCUAUUGGUUUUAUAACUAUGAUUUACCCGCUGUUUAUAAAAUAUACUAUGAAAGAAUAUGGGUUUAGGGGGACAGUUGCGAUUCUGUGUGCAAUUUCAUCACAUAGCAUCUUCGGUGCAAUAGUACUGCAACCAGUGCAAUGGCAUAUGGUCAAACGAAUGAAGUCUUGCGAGAAAAUAGUCUUAAUUCCACCAACACCCGCUUCUGAGGAAGACGACAGUAAGUUUGACUUCAUGGGAACCAACUUGAUCAAUCAGAACACACGAUCAGCCCAAAAUAUUUAUUCCAAAGUUCAUAAUAACCAGCAGAAGGAUGCAGGACAGCUCUUUAUACCAAAACUAGCUGCUUCUAGAAGACUUAGUAUACCCGUAGUUUUAAUACCAAGUGACGUUAAGACUGAUAGCAAGUUUAAUUCCAAUGAUAAAUUUUAUAUAGAAAAUUUAUACAAAGCAGCAUCAAUAACUAGUUUGGGCAACUUCGUUGAACCCAUGCCGAUAAUAAAAAAUAAAGAGGGCAAGUGGCAAACAGUGGCUGAAUAUUUAGACUUAACCCUCCUCAAGGAUUUGGUUUACGACAACAUCAUAGUUGGAAUGGCACUCACAUUCUUUGCUGAUCUGACGUUCUUCACGUUAGAGCCACUGUUCUUGGAUAAAAAUAAUCUUUCAAGGGGGGAGAUAGCAAAUAUUAUAGCUAUUGGAGGUGCAACUGAUAUGGUGUCGAGAUUGUUGCUGGGAGUUUUCGGUCAGUUUUUCAGAAUGAAUAGUCGUUACAUGUUCUACGCUGGUGCUCUUUUCACUGCUAUAUUUAGAUUCGUAUUUGUCCAAUUCACGACGUAUCUGCCUCUACUGAUAUUGACUGCUAUCUUAGGAGCUUUAAGAUCUCUGGUUCACAUUGCCCAACCUAUUGUUAUGGCUGAGCAUGUACCAAUAGAGAGGUACCCACCAGCUUACGGCCUGUACAUGCUCCUAGCAGGAGCUAUCAGCCUCAGUGUUGGUCCAAUGAUAGGUUUUAUACGAGAUUAUACAGGAAGUUACGUAAUAGCUUUCAGUUUAUUAGCGAUAUGCAAUCUUUGUUGCGUCAUACCUUGGACUAUAGAAGCCAUCAUUGUAGCAGUGAAGCGAAGAAAAGAGCACCAACAGACAUGAGGUUACUUUGAUGUACUAAGUGAAUUCUAUAAGAUGGUCACUCAACGCGCACAGGGAUUUUAACUAUCCCUUUCCAAAGAAGUUAGUCGCGUUGUGAUAAAAAGACAAAUGUAAUUUAAUUUUAGUUUUAAAUAUUUCAUGCAUAUGAGAAAAUUUAAUUUUUUUAUACAAAAAUUACAUAUUUUAUAUAUAUAUAUUUUGUAGUCAUCGUGGGAAAUGUUUUUUCAAUAAAAUAGAACGUACAAUUUAAAGCAACAAAAAAAAUAUAUGUAUAUAUAAAAUGUUAUAUUUAAGCAAUAAAUUAUAUAAACGUGAAUAAAACUGUUUUAAUUAAGGCAGAUUAUUAUAAUAUAUGCGAAACCAAACUACAAAAAAGCGCCUUUUCAUAAAAAAUAUCUUCCAUACAUUCAUAGUCUUCAUAAAUACUCAAAUAACGUAGGCGCAUAUAAUAAAUUAUGUUCAAUGAAGUUUUUAAAUUGUCCUAUAUAUAUUUUUAUGGGAAUUGACAUACCAAGUCCAUAAUACUCAUGUUAAAUGUAAGUUGCUAUGUUUGUUUGUGAUUUGUUAUGACAGAGAUAUACUCUGUGAGGAAUGUUAAUAAACGAAU